AUGAUUUUCUUUCUUCUUAUGAUCGUGGCGCUGGCCGCCCGGGCGACAGCGCAUCCUGUCUAUCCGCGGGUGGUUGCUUUCGACACUCUUUACUUCAUUACGAACGAUCCUCAAGGAAACUACGUUGUCGCAGCCAACAUUGACGAUGAUGGAAACCUAUUCUACGCGGGAAUAACUGCUGCUGGGGGUUCCGGGGUCCAUGGACAAGUCGACCCAGCGGGACCGGUGGCUCCUCUUGAAGCCGACGCCACCUUUUCGCAAGGUAUAGUGCAAGUCCACCAGCGCAGCAACCUGCUUGCUACUGUCAACACCGCAAAUCAUACCGUCGUUCUCUUCGCGAUCGAUCCCAUGCAGCCCGGCCGUCUUACAAUGCUUGGAGAACCAGUGCCCUCAGGCGGCACCUCCCCGAACUCAUUAAUCUUCAACGAAGCCGGCGAUCGUCUCUGGGUGCUGAACACGGGUACCACUAAUGGGAUAGCCUGCUUUGCGGUGAGCCAGGACGGCUUGCAGCCCCAAACCGACUCGUUCCGAUCGCUUGGGCUCAAUCAAACUACCCCAUCGACCGGUCCCUUCGGUUCGGCAUCCCAAAUCCUCUAUACUCAGGACGAGACCGGAAUUCUUGUGGCUGUCAAGGGACAACUGGAAGACCCGAGUACCGGUUUCCUUGCUGUCUGGCCAAUCGAUGAUCAGGGCAACGUCGCUGCGAACUUCACUCGGAUCGCAACUCCAACAAAUGGCGGAUUCCCAUUCUCACUCACCCCCGUCGCUGGCGUCAACGCAUAUCUUGCAGCAGACUUGGCUAUGGGGAUGGAUGUCUUCGACUUUAGUGAGGGCAUCGAUAGCGUUGCCUCAAGCCCUCGAACCGCCGCAGUACCGAUUGUUGGCCAACACGCCGCAUGCUGGACUACGUACAGUUCCACACUCGACAGAUACUACGUCAUAGACGUCAAUGCCAAUGUAAUCACGCCAGUUGAGAUCGACUCUAAUCUUACGGUCACCGUCGGCUCAAACUUCACCGCCGAAUCUGGACCUAUUGACUCUCUGGCAAUCACUAUCGGUCUGCAAAGUUAUCUUUACACACUACUGUCGCAAAGCCUCCAGAUUGGCGUCUGGAGGUUAGAUGGGGUCGAUCAGCCCGUCCGACAGUCAUCCCUGGAUCUUUCGGUCAUCCUUCAGGAUGGAGCUACUCUCACGGCGAACUAUACUCAAGGUUUAGCAUAUUAUCAGAGUGGAUUUUCUGCAUUCUAG